AUGAAACCUGAAUAAGAAAAUCAAUUUUAAGAUGAACUUUCUUAAUUAAGAGAAGAAAAGGCAAAACGUAGAUAAAAGAGAGAAUGGGAGAUAAAAAUUAUGGGGAAAUGCAUUGUAUGGCUAAUAUAUGCAUAUGUAGCAGGAUUAAUAAUAACCACUAUUAAUUACAUUUUGGUAUUCAAAAAUUCAAGCAUAUAAAGUUGGAAAAAUAAUUUCAAUAUGAAGGCAUUGUCGAAGAUAGUUGUUAGGAUUUGAAAAUACUUAAAAAUAUUAAUGAUUAAAUAUUCCCAUUAUUAGAUGAAUUGACUGUAAUAAAUUAUUCAUAAAACAGUUCAAAAAAUAUUUCAAAAUAUUUAGGGUAAAUUUGGAAAACGAUUGUCCUUUUGGAAUUGGUGAAUAUAUUUGCACAAGUAAAAAAUGUGUUAUUUGUACAUGCAAUUAAUCUGAAGUAUUAUUUAUUAUUAAUUAAUUAUCUUAGAUACCAUCAAAUUGGUUAUCUCCAUAAUCUUGGCCUAUUAAUAACCCAAAAGAUGAUUUUGCUUUUUGGGAUUCAGAGAGAUUUUUAUGUAAAUUUUAAAAUUAUAUAAUAUUAUAGAACCUUCUGAAUGGAUAUGGCAUGUAGAGGAUGUUGAAAAUGAUAAGGGAGUUUAUGUUGAUCUUAAAUUAAAUCCAGAAGCUUUUACAGGAUAUUAAGGUUAACAUAUAUGGGAUGUGAUUUAUAAAGAGAAUUGUUAUUAGGGUAUUUAAUUAUAAUUAUUUUAUUAUUAGGUUCAAUGGUCGAAAUGUGUAAAGAAAAAAGAGCUUUAAAUAAAUUAAUUUCAGGUUUGCAUACAUCUAUAUCAACUUAAUUAAGUGAAUUUUAUGUAGAUCUAAAAACUAAUAAAACUUAUCCAAAUUAUUCUUUGUAUUUUCAAAGAGUAGGAAAUCAUCCAGAAAGAAUUAAAAAUCUUUUCUUUUUAUAUUCUGUUUUAUUUAGAGCAAUAAUUUUGGCAACUCCUGGAAUUUAAUCAUUUGAUAUCAAUUCUUUAUCUUUUGAAGAUGAUUUGANUAGAUGA